AUGGAUCAAGCACAGUACGACGCAAUCAAGGACAAUUGGGCGGAGGUUGAGGACAGAGAUGGCGUCAGGCUCAGUUGGAAUAUCAUCCCAUCGUCGCGCAUGGAAGCGAACAGAUUGGUGGUACCUUUGAGUGUUAUGCUCACGCCUCUGAAAGAACUCAACAAACCUCUACUGAACUACGAGCCCGUUACAUGCAAACCACCUUGCCGAGCAGUACUGAAUCCAUUCGCGAAUGUUGAUGUGCGAGCGAAGAUAUGGAUCUGCCCUUUUUGUCUGCAACGAAAUCAACUGCCCCGUCACUAUGGAGAUAUCAGUGCAGAGAAUGUUCCUCCGGAAAUGCACAGUCUGAACACUACCGUGGAAUACCAGCUUGCACGACCUGCGCCCGCCCCGCCUAUCUUCGUCUAUGUGGUUGAUACUGCGAUUGAGGACAAUGACUUGCAAGCGCUGAAAGAAACCCUCGUCAUGAGCCUAUCGUUACUACCUGCAAACGCUCUUGUGGGACUGGUCACCUUUGGCACGAACGUCGCUGUCCACGAGAUUGGAUAUACGGAAUGCCAAAAGUCAUAUGUCUUCAGAGGAAGUAAAGACUAUGCCUCAAAGCAAGUCCAGGAGAUGCUUGGACUAGCCGCCCCAGGGUUGAGGCCCAACAUUCCACCGCAACAAGGACGGCCCCCUCCACCCAUGGGCCCUGCGGCUCGUUUCCUCCUCCCUGUCCAGCAAGCCGAGUUCCAAAUCACAAGCGCGAUUGAGCAAUUGCAAAAGGACCCAUGGCCAGUGGCCCAUGAUCGACGGCCACUUCGAUGCACUGGUGUGGCAAUGAGUAUCGCAGUCAGUAUUUUGGAGACCUCUUUUCAGAAUGCCGGAGCACGAAUCAUGCUUUUCGCUGGCGGUCCUGCCACCGAAGGACCAGGUAUGGUGGUCGGCCCCGAACUUCGUGAGCCUAUCCGCUCGCAUCACGAUAUCGACCGCGACAAUGUCAAAUACUUUAAGAAGGCGAUCAAGUUCUAUGAAAACCUGGCGAAGCGCACUGCCCACAAUGGCCAUAUUAUCGACCUCUAUGUUGGCUGUCUUGACCAAGUUGGCCUCCUCGAGAUGAAGGGACUGGCAAACUCUACUGGUGGCCACAUGGUGUUAACGGAUAGUUUCACUUCGUCUCAGUUCAAGCAGUCAUUCGUGCGAGUCUUCGACAAAGAUGAAACCGAUAAUCUGCUCAUGGGUUUCAAUGCGUCUUUGGAAGUUAUCACCACCAAAGAGCUCAAGGUGACCGGCCUAAUCGGCCAUGCAGUCUCACAAAACAAGAAGUCGAGCUCUGUUGGCGAAACGGAAUGUGGUAUCGGAAACACGUCACUGUGGAAAAUGUGCGGUAUUGAUCCUACUUCCAGCUACGGCAUCUAUUUCGAGGUCGCCAAUCAAGGUGGACCGACGCCCGUCCAACAAGGCCCUCAGAGAGGCAUGAUGCAGUUCUUGACAUACUACCAACACUCAUCUGGACAAUAUCAUCUCCGUGUCACAACUGUGGCACGAAACCUAAGUGGCCCGGCGGGCGACCCAGCCUUGGCUCAGUCCUUUGAUCAAGAGGCAGCUGCCGUGCUUAUGGCUAGGAUCGCGGUCUUCAAAGCGGAUGUUGACGAUGGUCCAGAUGUGUUGCGCUGGGUCGACCGAAUGUUAAUUCGACUGUGCUCGCGCUUUGCCGAUUACCGCAAAGAUGAUCCGACCUCCUUCCGGCUUGACAAGAACUUCACUUUGUAUCCUCAAUUCAUGUUUCACUUGCGCAGAUCACAGUUUCUACAGGUGUUCAACAACUCGCCCGACGAGACUGCCUUCUAUCGACAUGUUCUCAAUCAUGAGUAUGUGGGCGAUUCUUUGAUCAUGAUUCAGCCAACGCUCGACUCCUACAGCUUGGAGAAUGAAGGGGGACAGCCGGUCCUGCUCGAUUCUGCAUCCAUCCAGCCGCACACUAUCCUUCUCCUCGAUACCUUCUUCCAGAUCCUCAUCUACCAUGGCGAGACAAUCGCUGAAUGGCGCAAGGCCGGUUAUCAGGAUCAGGAAGGAUAUGAAAAUUUCCGAGCAUUGCUGGAGGCGCCCAAAGAAGAUGCCCGAGAACUUGUCCAGGAUCGAUUUCCGUUGCCUAGAUUCAUUAUCUGCGACGCUGGCGGUUCUCAGGCCCGUUUCCUUCUCUCAAAACUGAACCCUUCAACCACCCACGCGACAGGAGGGUAUGGAGGAGUUUCUCAGACUGCACAGACCAUUUUCACCGAUGAUGUGUCGCUCCAGACCUUCAUGGACCACCUCAUGAAGUAA